GCUGGACUUAGCAUGAUUUGAAGGCGUCAGUUUAGCUUAAAGAAUAAUUACCAAGUCACUUGCAGCAAGGUUUUAUCUACAGUUCAUUUAAGAAAGCAAUGAAUGAAAUAAAAUGCGUCUUUAAAAGUGCGACACUUUAUUUUUAUUUUUUGCUACAGCAUAUUGGCAAUAGGUGUAUACAGUGUAGUAAAGACUGUAAUAAGUUCAUACAUUAUACGCUUGUUACUACACACUCACCGACUAACCAAUAUACUUGUACAUAUAAAAAAAUUUAGUAUAAAAAUCAGUUUUAAUUUUUAAUUUAUUCUUUUUACUCUUUCUACUUUUUUAUGCUUCGACGUUGGUGGUUAAAUUGCAGACAAUAGCUCCUUUUCUUGUAAUAUGAAUCCUGAUUUAACGCGUCAGUAUAACCUGCCAACGCCGGUUUCUCGCUCCAUUAGUUCAAUAAUUGAACAUUAUAAACUAGACAUAAACAAUCCAACUAUUCAUAAUGCAACUCAUGACAACAAUUCUUUAAACGGAAGCAACAAUAAUCAUUCGCAACCUUCACACAUUCCCGAUUUACAGGAUCUUUUAAAUAUUAAACAAGACUUGGAGGCUUUAUUGCCUUUAACUGAAGCCAGAGUAAAAGAUCUAAAAAAAGAUUUGAGUCAAUUAGACAGAAAUGUUAAAAUUCGCGAUAAUGAGCAAACUGCGGGUAAGAACAUGAAUGUCAUCUUGGAAAAAAUGAAAAUCAAACAAGAGUCAGACACAGAUGAAUUGCACUCUUCUUCUAAUAUACCAAAAAGUGAAUCAAGUAGACAAGCGGCUCUUGAAACCAUUCGAAGAAGAAGAAGGCGAGACGAAACAGAAAAUUCUGGCGAUGUUCGAGGAAGUGAAUCACCACAUCAUGUUGUGAAAUUGAAAAAGAUGGAAGGAUUGCCUAGAUUAUCGCAAAGUAUGUCUCCACCACCCAUGCAACAAGUCAGCAGUGAAACAAAGAAGAAAAAAUCAAGCAAUGCGCGGGCGCAACAUCCUCUUGGUGGAGAAUCGUCCAAGCAAGGCAAACAACACUCAAAACAAAAGAACCAUCAACAACAGCCUAAAGAAGAGGUCGAUUUUGUCCGUGUGAAACCUAAAGAUCAAGUUCCUAUUGCCACAUUUUGGGCUGCAUUAGAACCCUAUUUUCGUAAUUUGACGGAGGAAGACAGAGCCUAUUUGCUGGAAAAGGCCGAUAACAGUAAGCCUUAUUUAAUACCUCCUUUGGGACAUUAUUACGCUGAACAAUGGGCCGAAGAGGAUCAGGCUCUUGGCUUCGGAAUGCAUACCAGGACUCCUUCCAGGCAAAAUUCGGUUGAUCAAAAUCAUCACAAAUUAAAAUAUCUUCAACAUGAAAUGACGGACGAGAAUUUACUUCAAGAUGAUAUUGGGUCGGGCUGUUUAACAGAGAGGCUUCUCUCAAGUUUGGUAGCUGAAGAUCUGUUAGAUCCAUCGGAAGCCAGUAAAAAUCAAAGUGACGAUGAGGAAUCAGAAACUGAUGCAAACACAAAACAACUAAAACACCAUGGGAGAACAAUUGUCGAAUUGUCAUCUGAUCCUUCGGAUGAAAUAGUUAGCUUUGAGGAAAGGUUGAGAAGGGAAUUAAGAUACGCUGGCCUAUUUGCUGAUGACGAUAUUGAUUGGAAUGCAAAAGAGGAUGAUGAGAUUUGUGCAGAAUUAAGGACAAUGGGGCGUGAAUUAAAAGAACAGGUUAAAAUAAACGAUUAUCGCAAAAAGAAGCUAUUAGAAGUGGUAGAUACUCAAUUACAAUUCGAGCAAUAUCGUCAAGUACUGGACACACUGGAUAGCCAAGUAGAACAAGGAUACAUGAAGCGAUUUCGUUUACAAAAAUCUAAGAAGCGUAAGAGUGCAGGACCUAAAACCGUACUUUCGGAAAAUGCAGUGUUUGCGAUGGAUAAACGAAAGACUUGGAUUAAUGCACUUGGUGCCAUAUUUAAAGACAAAAACAUGACCAUGCCAACAUCUUCCAUCUAUCCAAAGGAUGAAAGUCCUCCCUCAUAAAUGUAUACACACUCUCCCUUUCAUUAUAAUAUUUUUUUUCAACUUCAAAUUGUACAUGUAGCCGCUCUCCUUCACUUUUUUUUAAUUUUUUUUUUUUUU